CAGCCCUUUCCUUCACCAUAUAAAUGCACACACAUAUACGUAUACAUACACAUUAUACAUAUAUUUGUAUUCCGACGAUCGAUAACGAUAAGCACGAAAUGGAAAUCCAACCGAUCGACGACCGGCGGCAAUCCCACGUGUCGGGGAGUUCGGUGGCGCAGGCGGCGGUCGCCGGACUAGUAAUCGGCGGUCCGCUGCUGGGAUUGAUGGGAAUCAGCUUCGCGGCUACGGCGAGUCUAAUGGUUGUAGCGUCGCCGGUGCUGAUACUGUUCAGCCCGCUGCUGUUCGCGGCAGCGUUCGUCUUCGCUUUGGCGAUGCUCGGAUUCGCUGCGGCGGGGGCCAUGGCGAUUACAGGUUUAUUGGCUGUGGGCUGGGUUUUCCGGCCGGCCGCCGGUUACAGGAGAUCAGAAUGGCUGCACAGCGGCGGCGGCGGCGGCGGCGGCGGGCCUUAUAAGCUGAUGGAAGGCGGCGGAGCGGCGGAGGAACGUCGAUCUGGAGAGAAUAUAACGAUCGAUAGUGAGUAAAUGGUUGUAUGUAUGUAUAUAUAUUUGGAUAUUUUAUUGGGUAUGUUUUUUUACGCUAAUUUUUCCAAAUUUUAGUAUUUAAA